AUGGGCUGUCACAAGUCGACGAUCUGCCGAACGAUCAAGAAAGACAUUGGUUACUCCUCCUACCGCAUGUCUCACCGCAUGCUCAUCACGAAUGCCUCCAAGGAGUCGAGGAAGGUGUGGGCGGAAGCAUUGCUGAACGAGCUCAAGCACGGGUCCACCGGGAUGCUGAGGUUCUUCUCAAAUGAAAAGAAUUUCAUCCAGGACCAGACGAGCAACAGUCAGAACGAUAGGUGGAUCUGCAAAGACAUCGAGGAGGUUCCCGUCGUGAAGCCUACGAAGUUUCCCUCCUCUGUCAUGGUCCUUGGCAUCAUCUCCAGCGAGGGGGACGUCAUGCCUCCGUUCUUCUUUCAAAAGGACCUGAGAGUCACUGCUGAGAUCUACCAGGAGGUGCUGAGGAGAAGCCCUGGAUGGACGAGAUCGCCGCCGGACGCCCACACGUCUUCCAGCAGGACUCCGCUCCUGCACACAAGGCGUGGCUGCUCAACAAUGGAGUAUGUAACUUUAACUGUUGCUAAAUAA